UAUAUACGCGAGUAAUAUGUACAUAUUAUAAAACCUUCAUUUUUAACUCAAAUUCACAUUAAAGCCGGUAUAUGUUGUGCAGUCAGACAGUAAUCUGUUGAACGUUGUGAGAUUUGGUUGGUUUAGGCUUUUUUAUACAUUUUUAUACAAAUACACAAUGCAGAAGCCAGUAUUGUAUUAUGAUGAUCGUAGUCCCCCAGCGCGUAGCUGUUUAAUAUUAAUAAAAAUGUUAAAUAUCGAUGUAGAGUAUAAAUUUGUAGAUUUAUUUAAAGGCGAACAAUUUCAAAACGAAUUUAUGCAGUUAAAUCCGGUUCAUACCGUACCCGUUCUUGUUAAUGGUGAUGAUGUAGUAUUAACUGACAGCCACGCCAUUCUUAUAUAUUUAUGCGAUAUGUUCGAAGAUAAAAACGUUAAAAAAGAUUUAUUUCCAGAACUAAUGAGAGACCGUCUGAAAAUUAUUAAUUUACUAUUUUUUGAAUGUUCAGUUCUAUUCCGUAGAGAUAGUGAUUUAAUGUCGGAAAUAGUUCGAAAGGGAUUUUCGAAUAUAGAUGUGUCUUAUCAUGAACGUAAGAUUCAUGAAGCUUAUACUGCAAUGGAGAAAUUUUUAAUGCCUCAAACUUAUUUUGCGGGUGAUAAGUUAACCAUAGCUGAUGUAUCUCUGAUAACCACAGCGAGUACAGUGAAUCUAAUGUUUCCGAUUGAUAAACGUUGGCCUCGCCUCUUGAAGUGGUUCCAAAGCAUGCAAGCUCUACCGGAAUAUGAAGUCAAUAGCAUUGGCUUAGAAAAGUUGCGAAAUGUUGUGGAACAAAUGGGAAAGUUUAAGUUUCCUUCCUCGAAGUAAAACUAUAUAUAUUUAAAUAUGCAUCAAUGUAUAC